AGCAAAAGUGAAAGCGAGUGGAGUGCAGUGCACUCGGAGCACAGGGGACAUGGCGGAGGCCAACAUUCCUGUGAAAGAGCAGCAACUCUGCUGCUCAAUCUGUCUGGACCUGCUGACAGAUCCAGUGACCGUUCCCUGUGGACACAGCUACUGCAUGAUGUGCAUCAGGGAGCACUGGGAUUACGGUGGAGACAACGAAGGCUGUUUUUGUCCACAGUGCUGGCGCAGAUUCGCCGUUCGGCCCGAGCUAAACCGCAACACAGUGCUCGCCGAGCUGGUGGAGAAAUUCAGGGAAACCUCGCAGACCUCACAGCAGAGAUCCCCAGCUGUCUGUGGAUCCGGAUCCGCGGGGGUCUUGUGCGACGUGUGCAGCAGCGACAAGCAAGCAGCCGUCAGUUCCUGCCUCGUCUGUCUGGUCUCUUACUGCGCCGAUCACGUUCAGCCCCACUAUGAGUCUCCUGCUUUUAAGAAGCACCGACUCGUCCCGGCCUGCAGGAAGCUGCAGGAGAGGAUCUGCCCCGCUCACGAUCGGCUCUACGAGUUUUACUGUCGCACCGAGCAGACAUGCGUGUGUUAUUUGUGCACUAUCGGCGAACAUAAGGGUCACGACACAGUGCCAGCUGAGACUGCCCGAGAUGAGAAAGUGGAGGUGAUCAUGAACUGGAACAGGAAGAUAAAUCAGAGGAUUCAGCAGGAAGAGAAGGUGUGUCAGGAUUUGAGAAAAGCAAUUAAAACUAUUAAGUGCUCUGCACAGCUAGCACGUGAUGAGAUUGAGCGAAUGUUUACUGAGAUGCUGGCCUCCAUUGAGAGGAUGCAUUCAGAUGUGAUGGAGCAGCUGAAAACACAGGAGGAGAAUGAGGUCAGAGGAGCUGAGGGAAUCCUAGAGCAAGUUGAGAUGGAGAUUGUGGAUCUCAGGACGAGAAGCGCUGAGCAAGAGGAGACCUCACAGACUUGUGAUCCCUUUGAGUUCCUGCAGAAUUUCCUGUCCUUGACAUGUCCAUCUUGGACUGAAACUUUGGCCAGCCCCCCUCCUAAUCCUAAAGUCACAUUUGAGAGAGUCGUUCACUCCGUUUCAAAACUACAGAAGAGCCUGGAGGACAUUUGCACUACAGAGAUGAGCAACAUCUUCGAAACAAUUGAGGAGGUCCAGAUUUUCCAGAGGGGAAAGCCAAGGCAAACAACCCCUAAACCACAAGCACCACUGAAUCCCAUCCCAGAACCAACGACAAGGGAAGACUUUUUACACUAUUCCUGUUAUCUUACUUUGGCGUCCUCAAUUGUCCACCCAAACCUCAGUGUGCAUUCAAGCAAGAGAGCUGUUAAAUGUGCCUCUAAUAAUUCAUUAGUGAACAAGUGGCCUCAAGCGCUAUGCAGAGAAGGCCUGACAGGACGCUGCUACUGGGAGGUGGAGUACAGCGACAGUGGAAUUUGCACAAUAGGCCUGUGUGAGGGCGUCCAGAGAAGGAAACAGAGUCUGGCAGUGGGUUUUGGACGAGAUGCUCUGUCCUGGGGAUUGGACUGCUUCCACCUGACUUACGUGUUUCGCCAUGACAAUGAAAACAUCACAAUCCCGGCCCCCAAGUCAACCACCAGAGUGGGAGUCUAUUUAGAUCACAGGGCAGGAACACUGUCCUUUUACAGUGUCUCCAGCACAAUGACCUUGCUCCACAGAGUCCGCUCUAACUUCACCCAGCCCCUGUACCCUGGCUUUGCACUUUGGACAAAUGGAUGGCAGAACAGCACACCCUCAUAUUUCUUUAAAGAUCAUUCUUUGACAUCUGACCCCGGACACAUGUCCAUCAAAAUAAUAAACCUGUGAUUGCCUUCUCUUUCUAGCAAUAUUGAUAUAGAGGGGUCUUUUAUUUGCAGGUAUACAAAAUUGAUUUUUCAUAAUACUCACAUUUAACCUUUUAACCUGAAUUAACCUUGUAAUAAUUAUAUACAUUUGCCAUGCCUGAAAAUAUAUGCAUAAAAUGGUAUACAUAAUGGUAUUAGCUAGAUUACAAAAAUACAUUGCUCUUUAUUAAGUACUUUUUAGAGUCUCACAGUAUGGUUACCAGCACUGUUAAGUCUCUCAUUACAGCUCACAGCACAAAGUGCAGGAUAAAAUUAGACAAUUCUGUUCAUUCUGAGGUUCAAAUAAAUAAAAAAGAAAUAAAGAAAGAA